AUGGCCUUUGGUGUUGAAGAGACCACCAGGGAAAAUAUGUGCUAAUCAGACUUUAAGUCCACUUUCAUUAGUGGCCCAAAGGUCAUCUUCAAACAAAGGAAGCAGUGAUGGGACACUUCGAUGUGAAAGGUCCACACCCCAUCUAUCUUAUUAUCAAGAUGGAGAAGUCCACUUCAUGACACUGACCUAUUCUCACCCUACUUUUCAUUGACUUACCCCCACACGCUCUCCCAAUCUUUCCAGUCUUAGUUUGCAUUCUAAACCCCUCCUGCCCCUCCCCUGACACAGCGCCUCUAUAAAAUUCAUUCCCAAGUUGCCAUCAAGGGGAUCGCACGGCUUUAUCCCACCAAAACAUUGCGCAACUAUAGAUGAUGAGGGAAGGGUAUUCUGAGUUUAAAGAGGGUCGUGUGUUUUACUCCUAGCCUACGACAAGUAGGGGGACUCUUAGAGUAGAAAACGCAUCCCCAGUCUUAGCUUUCGACUAGUUAGGCUUGCCGCACGUAAAAUGGUUAAAAGCGCCUUGGCAACGCUAUCAAUCCUCCUGUCGUGGGGUUACUGCGUGUUGGCUGCGCAGGUCGCCUUUGCCAACUUCUCCGUGGAUAACGAAGUGCGCUCCAGCUUCAUCCAGCGGCGGCUGCGGAGCCAAGAGCGCAGGGAGAUGCAGCGGGAGAUCCUCUCCAUCCUGGGGCUGCCGCAUCGUCCGCGGCCGCACGUCCACACCAAACACAACGCUGCCCCGAUGUACAUGCUGGACCUGUACAAUACCAUCUCUACAGACGCAGAGCCGCACGGGUACUCUUACUACAAGUCCGUUUUACCGACCCAAGUCUCCCCCAUGGUGACCCCACAGGACAGCCGCUUCCUAGAUGACGCAGACAUGGUGAUGAGUUUUGUCAAUAUUGUUGAUCAGGAUCAGGAUCUGUUGUACCAGCAGCACAGAAGAGAAUUCCGAUUUGACCUUUCCCGUAUUCCAAAGGGAGAAGCCGUCACAGCAGCAGAGUUUAGGAUAUAUAAAGAUUUCAUCCAGGAACGCUAUGAGAAUGAGACAUUUAGAGUCAGUGUAUACCAGGUCCUGCAGGAGUCUCCAAACAGUGAAGUGGAGCUCUUGCCGCUGUACCGACGAGAAGUGUGGGCUGCUGGGGAGGGCUGGCUGGUCUUUGACCUGACCGACAGCAGUAAUCUCUGGUUGGUCGACCCUGAGCAGAACCUUGGCCUGCACCUGGUCCUGGAAGACAGCCACGGCCAGAGGAGGAACCCUCGGCUGGCGGGGAUGGUGACAGGCGGUGGACCUCAGGACAAGCAGCCCUUCAUGGUUGCCUUUUUCAAAGCCAAUGAGGUGCGCUUCCGCAGCAUCCGCUCUGCCCACAAGGGGCGCCAGUCUAACCGCUCCAAACCCCAGAAGACUGUCCAAGAUGCACUAAAGGCAGUGGAGGCUGCAACAGAUAACCUUGGCAUCACCAAAGAGGGAUGUAAAAAGCAUGAGCUGUAUGUCAGUUUCAGAGAUUUGGGAUGGCAGGACUGGAUUAUAGCUCCAGAAGGCUAUGCAGCAUACUACUGCGAGGGAGAAUGUGCCUUCCCUCUCAACUCCUACAUGAAUGCCACCAAUCACGCCAUCGUACAAACUCUGGUGCACUUUAUCAACCCGGACACGGUGCCCAAGCCCUGCUGUGCCCCUACCCAGCUCCACGGCAUCUCAGUGCUCUACUUUGACGACAGCUCCAAUGUCAUCCUCAAGAAGUACCGCAACAUGGUGGUCAGAGCCUGUGGCUGCCACUGACCGCUCAAACCCCUCCUGUGAGUUCUGCAAUGAUGGAGGGACACUUGAGAAAGGCGGAAGUGAAGGAACCAAAGACAAGAGACGAUUGACUUGUUGAUCAUCAAGGAGCUUCUGCCACAGAACGAGCUUUGAUCUGGCGUACUGUUUUCAAGAGCAGCAACUGAGCCUCCCAUGCAGUAUUAACCACUACCAUAAACCAAGUAGAACCACUGAACAAAGGGGUUUCUUAAGCUUCCUUUGAGUUUGAGUACAUAAAGUGCACUGAAAGGACUCCAAACAAUAUUGAGAUACCUGACAUACUCAAAUAAAACAUUCAGUGCUAGAAACAGAAAGUAAAAAGUGACUACUGGUAUUUUCCCUAAUGUGCAAUACAUCUGCAUUUGAAUUCAGGCAUUGACCAUCAGGCCUCAGAAUAUAUAAAAUAUUGGCUGGGUUUAAAUCUGCAUUUGGUUAUUGAUUUCACAGCUCAACACAUCUUCCUGUUGAACCACUGCACCUGUUUUGGAACAGCUCCAUGAACUUAUAUCUGAUGAGAAGUUUUUUACUGGCGUUGAACUGGUUGUUUCAGCAGGCCAUUUCAAACUGGUCAGGAGUAAAAUAUCUGGAAACCCACGUGUGUGCUGCGGAUGUAGAGGAGCUCAGUGAAGAAUAGCAGCUAAAACUGUUAGGGUGGGACUGAAAGGCCUGCCUACAGUUUCCUGGCGCAGACAUAUAUCAUCAGGCCUGUGAGAAACAUGCGAUCUGCAAGAUGCCAGUGAAUCAUCUCCAUGAGUCAGGGUGUGCACCAUCGCCCCGCAUGCAGCUGCCUUCUGGUGUCAGACCACAGCUGCAGGUGGACAAAGGAAAGCUGUAAUUUUAUUUUGUCAGAAUAAAGUAGUUGAAUAAAUGGGAACUAUAAAA